GCGGCCGUGGAGGCGGCGUCGGCGUGCCGGGGCCCGGGGGCGGCCGUGCACCCCAGCGACACGCGGCGCCUCGUGCUGUGCGCGGGGCCCGGCCGCCUGGUGGCCGUGGUGUCCUGCCCCGACGGCGGCGUCGCCGUCGCCUCCGCCGACAGCGCCACCUGCGUGCAGCGACGCGCUCGGCGACAGGCGGGGGCGGGCGCGGGGGCGGACCGCGGCUUGCUCCCGCCUCGGGCGCGGGGCGCGGGCGACGGCCGGGGCGCUGAGCCGUCGACGGCCGCCCUGCACGCGUGCGCGCCCGCCGCCGCCGGCGCCGCCCCCUGCGCAGACGCCGCCGCCGCCGCCCAGCCCGCCUUCCGCUGCCUGCAGCCCGGCGCCUUCCCAGACCCCGACGACUGCCGGCGCUACCACCUGUGCGAGACCGCACAGCUGCAGCACUACUCGGAUGUCUGUGACAUCGCCUACGACCCGGACAAGUCGAUUUGCGUGUCAGAAGGCGACACGUGCGACCCGAAGACGUCAUCGCCACCUGCUUGCUCCACCAAUGCCGCAGCGGUGUCCUUCCCGGGCCACCCGUCUUUCUACCGCGUCUGCCUCCCGCAGUCCCCCAGGGGCUACCGUAGCGCCGUGCUACGGUGCCCCGAUCAACAGGUCUUCGACGCCAAGACGGGCGCGUGCACGUACGUCUGCGACGGGAAGAAGAACCGAUUCCCGGAUCCGCUCGAUUGCCACGCGUUCUUCGAUUGUCCCGGAGAAUCGGCGACGCCGACUGUCCCGAAGAGAGGAUCCUGCUCGCAAGGUUUGGCGUACGACGUCAAAAGGCACAUGUGCGUGCAGGAAGCGAGUGUUUCCACUUGCGUGCGGGACUUCUUGCCCGCCCCCGUCCCGCCUACACUUGCGGUGGUGGCUCCUGCAGCCACGACACCGCCGACGAAACCAGGUUCUCCCGCCGAUGUGCCAGGGCGAUGUACGCAGGAAGGUGUAUAUCCCGAUCCUUAUGAGUGUCGUCGCUACGUAACAUAUAACGAACAUCCACGAUGGUUUCAUUCCCCUCAAAAUACUGGAAGAAGAGUUCUACUUCAGCCAACAAAUCUUGCAUCAGUUGUUGCAAAGAGGACUAUGUUUAUACAAACUCAAGAAACUCCCAAUCCUAACAGCUUGAAAUUCAUCCCUGGAGUUGAUGUAUUGGGUGAAGGAAAAACAAUGGACUUUCCAAAUGGUACAACAGCAUUUUGUUCACCUCUGGGGAAACUACUGUUCAGAAUUGAAGGUGUUAAGUCUGUGUUCUUUGGCCCAGACUUCAUUACAGUCACCAAGGUUGAUGAGGAUGUUGAAUGGAGACUUUUGAAGCCAGAAAUAUUUGCGAUUAUCAUGGACUUCUUUGCAAGCGGGCUACCUAUUGUCAAUGAAGAGGAAGCACCUUCUGAUACACAAAUAACGGAAGAUGAUGACGAAACUGUAGCGAUGAUAAAAGAAUUAUUGGAUACUCGAAUAAGACCUACUGUACAAGAAGAUGGUGGAGAUAUUGUUUUUAUGGGUUUUGAAGAUGGUAUUGUGAAGCUGAAAAUGCAAGGUUCCUGCACGUCCUGUCCCAGCUCAGUUGUCACAUUGAAGAAUGGCGUUCAGAAUAUGUUGCAGUUCUACGUCCCAGAGGUUUUGGGAGUUGAACAAAUAGAAGAUGAAAUUCAGAUAAUAACGAAGAAAGAGUUUGAAGAGUUCGAAAAGAAAAUCUUAGCAGAGAAGACUGAGAAAUCCUCAUAAAGUAGACCAAUCCUUGGACCCUUUUGGUUUCUUUCUAGACAAGAAUUUGCAAGCCUCUAAUUUCAGAGGUCUUGCAGAAAAAGUACUGAACGACGUGAAUCUGAAAAGUACUGAACAACAUUGCAUAUCAGAUGUAUAAUGUCAUCAUCAGAUGUAUUCUGCCAUAACUUUUCUACACUUCUCCUUUUUGUGUGAUGUAAGAGCAUGGGUUCAGAUAGUAUUUUAUAUAUUUUAACUAAUAUUUUGCAUUUAUUAUGCGUGUGAAAAAGUAUGCGAUAUUCUCUCUAAAUUGUCAGCUCACAGCCUUUAGCAACUCCAGUAGGGCAUCUCAGGGAUACCGUUUGUAAAUAUUGAAUUGAAUUAAUGCCUUAUUUUACGUGGCGAGACAUUAAAUGUUCACUCCAGUUCUAAGCA